AUGAAUAAUAUUGAUCAAGGAGAAUAUACAUAUAAUACAGAUCAUGAAAUGACAAUUUUAAGAUUUGAAUCAAUCGAUGGAAAAAAUGAAAUUGGUAUGAUUAAUUUCUAUCCAGUUCAUGCUGUUAAUUUAAAUAAUACAAAUUUAUUAGUUGCUGGUGAUAAUAAAGGUUAUGCUUCAUAUUUAUUUGAAAAAUUAAAAAAUCCAUCAGGAACAUUAUCAGGUCAAGGAGCAUUUGUUGCUGCUUUUGGACAAAGUAAUGAAGGUGAUGUUAGUCCUAAUUUAAUGGGUCCAAAAUGUAUUGAUACUGGUUUACCAUGUGAAUUUUAUACAUCAACUUGUAAUGGAAGAUCUGAAAAAUAUUUAUAUGACAAAGCUCAAGUAUUUAUAAAUGGCAAUGGUAUUGUUAAUUUUCGACAUACUUAUGUCGAUAUGCAAACAAUAAAUGUAAGUAGUCAUUUUACAUCAACAGGACGUAAUGAAACAACAUGUCAAGCUGCACUUGGCUAUGCAUUUGCUGCUGGUACAACAGAUGGACCAGGAGAUUUUGAUUUUACACAAUCAGCGAAUUCAACAAAUAUUUUUUGGGCGAUUUUAAAUCAUUUGAUAAUUAUUUUCUCAAACUUAUUAAAGGAAACAUGGACAUCAGAUAGUCACAUAGUAAUAGCUGGUCUUGCAAAUAGUUAUUCUCAUUAUAUUACAACAUAUGAAGAAUAUCAACAACAAAGAUAUGAAGGAGCAUCAACUUUAUAUGGUCCACAUACAUUAGCUGCUUAUCAACAAACAUUUUAUGACUCAUCAUUGAAACUAGCACGAAAUGAGUCUGUACCAAGUGAUCCACAACCAUUUGAUAUGAGAAUAAAAACGUUCUCAUUUGUUCUACCACCAAUUCCCGAUGGUCUACCGAUUGACAAGAACUUCGGCGAUAUUAUAACUGAUGUUGAUUCAACAUAUAAACCUGGUGAUACAGUUCGCUACAUAUGGUGGGGAGCUAAUCCACGAAAUGAUCUUUUUACAGAAAAAUCAUUUUUAUAUGUUGAUCGAUUACUUAAUCAAACAUGGGUAACAAUAUUAACAGAUGAUGAUUUAGAAACUCAUUUCUUAUGGAAACGACAAUUCAUAGAUAAUAGUAUUAUUACAGUUGAAUGGGACAUUCCUACAACACAACAAACUGGACAAGAUCUUUAUCGGUUACGUCAUGUAGGUGUUAAAAAAAUUCUGCUGGUCGUCGACAGUACAAUGGACAAUCAAAAAAUUUUACUAUUGGCAACUAAAUUUUUAUCUAUCAACUUCGUUAAAAACAUUUAA